CUCUUCUGUCUUUGUCUUCUGUAAAAAGAAAAACAGACAGAUCCCAUCCACAACAUUAAUGGUCUCUCCAACACCGACUUUCCUCCCACCAUCCUCAUCCUCAAUCCCCAAUUGGAUCUCAGUCCUGUCCUCCUGAUUAAUCCAAUCCAACAGAUCCAUUAGCUAUUCGGGUCAAAUAGCCAUUCAACUGCCACUGGAACAAGAUCUAAUCUAACAGACAAACAAUGGAUAUCGCAAUACCAGUAAUCAACAACACUACGACUUCUCUCAAAGGUCAUCAUCUCAAAGACAACAACAACAAACACGACCGUCGUCUCCCAUGUUUCCGACGAACCACCAACAAGAUCCACUUCCUAAAACCACUACUAAUCUUCAUCGUCGCAGCCGCAUUCCUACUAUCAAUCCUAAUCACUGCCGCAUUCGGAAUCGGAAGCUUAAUCAUCCACAACACCAAAUCAACACCGUCGGUAUUAACACUGGACGAGACAAUGGAGAUGCUGAAUCUCGUCUGCAACGUCACUCAUUACCCCAGCUCAUGUAAACAUUCGUUAUACCAAGAAAUCGUCGGUCCGGCGGUGGACAAUCCGGCGAGGCAUUACGCUGAUGGUUUAUUCAAGCUGUCGUUGACGGUUGCCACCAGAGAGUUGCAGAACAUGUCUUCGUCGAUUCCGGCGGUGGCGGUGAAUCUGAAGGUGAACCGGAGAGGCGAGAGGGUGAAAGUCGAAGCUGCGUUGAGGGAUUGUCGUGGCUUGAUUGAGGAUGCGAUUGAUAAGAUUGAGACAUCCAUAGUUUCGAUCGACGAGAAGGAGGAGGAGUAUAAAAGAGAUGAGAAGGGGUUGUUUAUGGUGUCGGAGUCGAAGAAGAUGGUGAGUGAUAUACGUGGAUGGGUGAGUGCUGCGCUGACGAAUACGGAUACUUGUUUGGAUGGAUUGGAGGAUGUGCUGGAUAAUGAUGAGAAUUCUAAGAUUUUGCCGGAAGAUUUCAAGGUUGGGAUGAUGAAUUCCAAAGAGUAUGUGACGAAUUGUCUUGGGAUUGUUUCGAAUUUUGAUACGGUUCAUAAGCACAUCAGCCGGAAUCACCGUCUUUAUCGGAGGAGAGUGCCGGUAUAGCUUGACUUUCUUUGACUCGAAUUUUGGUAUAGUUUUUGACUUUUUCAUUCAUUCAUUUGUUUUUUUUUUUUUGGGUGGUCAUAGUCUUAGUCUUCUUCUUGUAAUUGCUUCCAUUCAUUCACGUUAUCUAGUAGGCAAUUGUCUCCGCCGGUUAUAAUAUUAUUUAUCCACAAUCUAAAGUCGAAACUUGUAUACAUCACAUGAUCAAGAGAAAAAUAUAUUUGCCGGAA